GGAGGAGAUGCCGACAUUUAUUUGAAUCGCUCCCUCGGGGAUGUACCUACCAGUCCACUCAUCACACUGUCCACAGGAAAGCUAGUAGUACAACUCCCCGUGUCAUUGCACCAAGAUGGCUGGUGCCGUGCGACAACCGAUUGACAUCCCAGCAUUCGAGCGGUAUCUUGAGCGGAAUGUCCCCUCGAUAAAGGUGCCCCUGGACGUCAAGCAGUUCGGAUUCGGACAAUCGAAUCCAACCUAUCUCCUCACGGCCUCCGAUGGGCAGAAAUUCGUUAUGCGCAAGAAGCCACCGGGCAAGCUCCUUUCAAAAACAGCACAUCGAGUAGAUCGCGAAUACCAGAUCAUCCAUGCCCUCGAGAAUACAGACGUUCCGGUCCCAAAGGCCAUCUGUUUGUGCGAAGAUGAUAGCGUCAUCGGAACGGCAUUCUACAUAAUGGAAUUUUUGGACGGACGUAUCUUCACGGACCCUGCAAUUCCCAAUGUGAGCCCGCAGGAGAGAAAGGCAAUAUGGAAAGACGCCGUCGAAACACUCGCAAAAUUCCACCGAGUUGAUCCAAAGUCCAUUGGCAUGGAGAAGUUUGGACGACACUCAGGAUUCUACAACCGACAGAUCGCCACUUUCCGGACCAUCUCCAAGGCCCAGGCGGAAACAGUUGACAUCGAGACGAAAGUUCCCGUCGGAAACUUGCCGCAUUUUGAAGAGAUGGUGGAAUUCUUCUCCAACAAGGACCUGCAGCCAAAGGACCGAGGUACAUUCGUCCAUGGAGACUACAAGAUUGACAAUAUGGUUUUCCACAAGACAGAGCCCAGGGUUAUCGGGGUCCUGGACUGGGAGAUGGCGACGAUCGGCCACCCGCUGUCGGACUUCUGCAACCUGACCAGCCCAUAUAUACACACGGGCGGACACCCCGGCAGCAUCGAGUUUUCACCUGAAGCUGCUCCUGGCCUUCCAACGCGCGAGGAAUGCGUUCAGUGGUACAGCAACAUCGCAGGAUGGAACCCGACUUCCGAAGUGAUCUGGGGCGAUGCUUUCCACGGUUUCCGGGGUUCGGUGAUCAUGCAGGGUAUAGCAGCUCGAUAUGCUUUGAGACAAGCGAGCAGCGCAAGGGCAACUGAAUACGGAAAGCAGAUGGGCCCCUUUGCGCUACGUUCCUAUGAUAAGGUGAGGAAGAUGAAGGAGGACGCACGUCGGAGGAAUAAGCUCUAGUCCGGGGCCGAGUUAGACA